CUCCGCUUCGCUCUCACUCACUCACUCACUCACUCAGUCACUCUUUCCCUGUCUACUGACUGAUGCUUUGAGAUCGAGAUACGAAAACAAAACUGCUGGAAACAAAAACAGUUCUGACCAGAAAGACGGACGCCAUUUUGGUUAAUCAAGUGGACAAGACAAGAAGUUGACAAGAGACAGAAGCAACGGCCCCUUGUUUGUUUAUCGGCCACGGUUCCCUUAACAGGUUUUGACUCCCCGAAAACUGCUUUCGUAGCAUGCAUCUGUCAUUAGAGUAUACGUUCUCGUAGCUAUGGCUGACAGGCGAAAAUUACAAGGUGAGAUUGAACGAUGUUUAAAAAAAGUGAGUGAAGGAGUUGAAACAUUCGAAGAUAUUUGGCAUAAGCUUCACAAUGCAAUCAACAGUAACCAGAAGGAGAAGUAUGAGCAGGACCUUAAGAAGGAAAUUAAGAAACUCCAGAGGCUCCGCGACCAGAUUAAAACAUGGGUGGCUUCAAGCGAUGUGAAGGACAAACAGGUUUUGACUGACAACCGGAAGCUAAUUGAAAUGCAAAUGGAGAGGUUUAAGAUUGUGGAGAAGGAGACGAAGACCAAAGCAUAUUCCAAAGAAGGUCUGGGAGCAGCGGCCAAAAUGGACCCGGUCACCAAAGAGAAGGGCGAAACAAUAAACUGGUUAUCUCAUUCUAUAGAUGACUUAAAUAUGCAGCUAGACAAAUUUGAAAGUGAGUUAGAGACUAUAGUUGCAGGGUCCAAAAAGAAAAAACUAGACAAAGAGAAAAACGAUCGGUAUGAAGAGUUGAAGCAGUGGCAGGACAAACACAAGUUUCAUAUCCAGCGGUUGGAGCGGAUAAUGCGAAUGGUUGAUAACGAUGCUUUACCUCUUGACCAGAUCCGAAAGAUCAAGGAGGAUGUAGAAUAUUAUGUGGAUUCGAACCAGGAUCCAGACUUUGAAGAGAAUGAAUAUCUGUAUGAUGAUUUGGAUCUUGAAGAUCGGGGUACGGGCAUCUUAGCAACGACACCGCCUGAGAAUGAAGAGCUGGAUAAGCUGUCCAGCACGCCAACGUCCACCAACUCAAACUCACCGUCUCCUAGUCCUAGUCUUACAGUAAACCAUUCCAAAGAUAAAAGUGAAGAUCAUGAAAGGAAAAGACAUAAAUCGCAAACUGAGGAAAAGAGUAAAAACAGUCAGAUCUCGGCGUCCACGACGACAUUCUCGUCCUCGUCUUCAUCAAUAUCAAAAGUACCGAAUACGCCAACAAAACAAGUUGUCAGCAAUGCAACCAUAUCUAAUUCUAUAAGCAGCAACCACUUGGCAACGCCACCAACGACAACACCACCACCACAGACGCCAUAUGCAGCAGCAGCCGGAGGUCAGCAGUCCAACUGUGCCGUGCAAGGUUUUCUAAUUUCAGAGGUGAAGAACCAGCUGAACUCCAGCGACCAGUCAUCUGUGAGUAGUUCCAGCAACAACAGCGCCAACAGCUCGUUAGUGCAGACGUCCGCAGCCAAUUUAACAUCUGUAACGACUGUGUCCAACAACGUCAGCACGGCGAACUUCGUUGGCAACGCGUCGUCCGUGGCGCAGCAGGGCAUGCCGCGAGGCACGCCGUCACCCCUUCCAAUGGCCUCCAUGCCUGUCAGUUCAGGAACGCUCAUCACAUCUCUCUCGUCGUCGGCAGCAGCCUCCCUGGCGAUGAUCUCUUGCUCGUCGUCAACGGCAACGGUGAACACCACCACUACCAACAGCAGCAGCAACAUGUGUAUUAGCAGUGUGACCCCCAGCGCCAGCCUUCCUGCUGCAAAGUCCGACCUAGUCGUCAUACUUAACGGUCCGGUGAACAACACUAGGCCUUCGCUGAACAAGCUUCAAACACCUUUCCAGCAUUUGAACCCCUCUCCAACUGCUGACCCUACAAAUAGAUAUAUCUCUGACUCACUGUCCUCCCUCAAGUCAAUAGCACAACAGGCUGUGAUGAGUGCUGGUCUGGAGAAUCACAUACCUACAUCUGAUUCAGUCACACCCGAUAACCAAGUAAUAUUUGAGAACGCCACCUCAACGGGGAGCACGACGCAGGCAGCAACACAACAACACAACGUGACGUCGCAGGAGAGUGCCAUGGCACCGCAGACGACAACCAUCCAUUUAAAUCCUAUAUUAGGAGUGGCACCAUUGGGGCCUUCACCGCUGACCAAGGAGAAUUACUAUCAACUGACCAUGCUCGAGGCUGCUUUCAACCAUCUACCACACCCUUCAGAUUCUGAAAGGUUACGGCUGUACCUGCCGCGGAACCCUUGCCAGACCCCGUCGUACUACCCCCAGAUUCCUCCACAACAUGCUGACACUGUAGAAUUUUUUCAACGGCUGUCCACAGAGACAUUAUUCUUCAUUUUUUAUUACAUGGAGGGUACAAAAGCUCAAUAUUUGGCAGCAAAAGCCCUGAAGAAGCAGUCUUGGAGAUUCCACACCAAAUAUAUGAUGUGGUUCCAGAGACAUGAGGAGCCAAAAACCAUCACAGAAGAUUAUGAACAGGGCACAUAUAUUUAUUUUGAUUACGAGAAAUGGGGCCAACGGAAGAAGGAAGGGUUCACGUUUGAAUACAGGUACCUUGAGGACCGAGAUCUGAAUUAAGGGUACAGUGUCAUCCUGCGUGUCAGGGUCUGCCAUGUCUUUCCUACAUGAGGGGGCCGUCGUCCGGCCCGUCUCUACUACUGCCAUAGGACAAGAUACCAAGCCUGUCAACCAUGACCUCCCCCACCUCUACAGUCGGCUUUGACUCCCUGAUUGACUCACUGAACACUGCAACACAAACCACAACAAACCACCACCACAAUAACACUACUGCAUACACUACAACACUGUGCAGUACCUAUACACUGUGACAUGACACCACACUACAGCAGUACCUACCAGCUACACUACAACACAAACAUGCAACACUAGUACCUAUACUGCAUUACUUACACUACAGUAGAAACCUCUGCAAUGCCAGUACCUGUCACUAUACUACUACAUAAACCACUACCACAACUAACAUCACCCCCGUCCCCAUUGUACACCAUCACAACCACCACUACCACCAUCACCACCUCAUUACUCAGUUAACAUCAUCAAAACUACCACCACCACCACCAC